AUGGACUGCUCCACCGCCAAUAUCAACUUCACCAUGAAAUCCUCCGCCGACGACCGCCGCCUCCGACGAAUGAUAUCGAACCGGGAAUCAGCACGACGGUCUCGCAUGCGGAAGCAGCGGCACCUCGAAGAUCUCCGGAGCCGCGUCGGGCGGCUGAGGCUAGAGAACAGUGCGGUGGCAGAGAGGAUUGCCGCAAUCUCUUGUCGUUGCACCGUCAUCAGCCAUGAGAACAAGCUUUUCAAAGCUGAAGCAGCGGCACUCAGCCGCCGCCUCUUCGAGAUUCGCCAGUUGCUGUUUCUCCGGCAGCUCGACUGUCUGUCGUCACUGCCGGCGCUUGUAUCUGUCUCGUCUAGCGGCGGUGGCGUUGGCGUCGGCACUGGAUAUUUGGGUUCAACCAAUGAACAGAGUCUUGCUUCUUUAAUGGCAUGA